AUGGCAGUAAGCGACUCGCCCGAGGAGGAAACGGGGAUCCACAGCCUGCCGACGGUACCCCAAGACCCAGCGAGAAGUUCCGAGCCACCAACCAAGGCCGACUCAACGGGAGAAAAGGUGACCCCAUCAUUACUUGGCCAAUCCAAGCACAACCCCCGCUCGCCGAGCUUUAACGUCGAACAUGCCCUGGCAGACGCGAUGUACGAGCGGAGCAUCGGUAGCAUCGCAGCUCUCGAGUUCGUCCGCUCUCAAUCCUUCACCGAGUUCCCCCGCUCCGACUCCUCGGACCCCUCCCGACCUUCAUCCGAACUUCCGCCCUCCGACACACUCGUCCUCGAACCUGAUCAGCCUAAGCUCUGGAGAAGAUGGCCGACCGGCUGGAUUCCCCCAGGGUCUCUACUACAACUAGCUCACUCACUCGAAGCCACACCGCAACCGGCACCAAAUCUCCUAAAUGUCUCCCCCAACCCCAUCCAAUACCCCUCAACCGGUGAAUUUCAUCAACCUCAACAGGCUGGUAGCAACCUGAUCAGGAAACAAUCCCGUCAAGGUCCCAACACCCAUCUCAAAUUGAGUCCGCCUCUACUCAUCCCCUCACCAGCCGAUCUCCAGGCCGGCCUACCAUCAAUCCCCAACACCCAACUAUCUUAG